UCCAUCCAAACCACAUUUUGGAAACAAAACUUCAUACAUUCAUACUUUAUAUCUAUCUAUGCCCAUAAAUUCUAGUAUUCAUUUUGAUCAUAAAGCGAAACACAAUUCGCACCAUUCUACAAUCACUUUAUUCUCAACUUUUUUGGAUGGAAUUUCUUUAUUUAUUCUUUUAGUUUCCUGUGGUUCAAUUUGUUAAUGCGACAACAAUAACAAUAAUAUUCCAACAUCAAACUUGGCGUACUGGCAGAUGAAAAAAGUUCUUUCUAUCUUUACUGUUGCUAAAGAAGGGUUUCCAACCAUUUGGUCUCUUUGGCUCAGGAUUCAUUUAUUCACUUGAUACCAUUUGUAUUUUGUUGCUUUCCCUACCUACCCCAAGGUUCCUUCAUCUAUCCCAUAUCCCCUCCCACGCAGGUAGCACAACUCCUAGAAUCUGAUAUCGGUACAAGAGUCCUCUAACCAACAACGCGAUGUCUUGUAAGCCCAUACACUAUUAUAUCCUACAUGAUAUACCACUAACUUUAAUUGAAAGUAUCUUCGGAAGAGAAUUCACAAUAUUCCGUAAUCAUUGAUAGAAUUCUCAAAGAGGGUGAUCUCAGUACUAUCUCAGCCAAACAGAUUCGUAAAGAUCUUCAAGCAGAAUUGGGGUUCGACAUCUCCCACCAAAAGGUAGUACUAUUCCUCUGGUUUCGUGUUUCCAAUGCUAACUAGUUUCCUUUAAGGAUGCUGUGAAAGCUUUGAUCCUAGAACGGUUUGAUGAAGUCUCGAAACACACUCAGAAUUCCCCACCUGCGACUAAUGGAAACGUUAAUGGUGACUACGUCAAAGAUGAAAGAUCGCAAACUCCCACGCCGAAGCGGGAAGUUGAUGGCUAUGAUGAAGAUGAAAAGCCAAAGAAGAAGAGACAGAAGCAGGACGAUGACGCGAAGCUAGCAGCUCUACUACAGGCACAGGAAAACAGCAGAACAAGAUCAACCAGAGGGGCUGGAACCAAACGAAGUGCAGGUGUCAAGAAAAGCAAGAGUACACCGAAGAAAAAGAAGUCCUCCGCAAAGGUUAAGGCGACGGAUGAUAGUGAUAUCGAAUUAGGCUCAGAUGGGGAGCCCAAAGAGGUCGUCAAGAAGGGCGGGUUUCAUGUAUGGCGCUCAAAAGAUAUUCUCUAAUCACUGCAGAGGACUAAUUUGAGCAGAAACAAUAUAAUCUUUCCGCAGCUUUGGCAGAUUUAGUAGGGGAGCCUACAGUACGUAUCAUUGUCUAUUGAGCAUCUUCCCAUACUAACAUACCUAACCAGUUAUCACGGCCGCAAGUCGUCAAGAAGAUUUGGGAACAUAUCAAAGCUCACGACCUUCAAGACCCCAGCGAUAAACGUCAAAUUAUAUGCGAUGAUAAAAUGCAAUUGGUUUUCAGUACAGGGAAAGUUCACAUGUUUACCAUGAAUAAGCUUCUUGGUAAACAGUUGUAUCCAGUUGAAGAGGAAUAGGAUAGGAUACUUCAAUCAAUGGUAAUGAGAUGACGAUACAACCAUUCCCCCUUUUUUUUAACCGGGCGUUUCUGGCAAGCAUUGCAUUGGAUUGUUGGGUAGCUAGGCAAGGGACGGUAUGGUUUGAUUCCAACAUCAGGGGACCGCAGGAUUAAAACCUUUUGAUUCGUUGGCGACAACAUUUGCAUGGGUCAUCGAAGUAUGAAUCAUCUUUAACAAUGGUAAACAUUCUAGUAUGUAUCCCAUC